UUUCCCCCAACAGAUUUUUUAUUUUUCCAUGCCUUUUACAACUUCUCUUUUCUGGCAUGAGAAGCCUGGUGAUUGGCCUGUUAUGAAAUGUUGUGAGAAUAACCACUUUUUUACCUGGUUGAAGCUGCUGGUUUCCUGAAAGGCUCCUGCAGUGCCUAGCGGUGCCUCCGAUGGAUGCGGAGGAUGCCGCAGUGAAGCUGCAGACCCAGAAAGUGUCCGAAGAGAAAAACGUGAACAAGCACAAGCACGAAUUUAACUUUGAAAAAGCUCGUUUGGAAGUGCACAGGUUUGGGAUCACUGGCUACGAGAAGCAGGAGCAACGCAUGUUGGAGCGGGAGCGAGCCAUCAUGCUGGGRGCCAAGCCCCCCAAAAGAGAACAUGUGAACUACAAGAUUUACCAGGAGAAAAUGAGAGAGAAAAGGACAAUGAGGAAUGAUGAUAAUGGAAAGCAGGAACAUAAGGGAGGCUCUCCUAAGAAGAAGAAGAAAGAACAGAAGGAGAGGAUGACCAAAAAGAAGAAAUCGGUCCCCAGCAUUUGGCCUGCAGGACAAGUUGGAAAAUUCAGAGAUGGGGCCUUGAUUCUGCAUAGCAGUGACAUAAAGAAAAUUAAAUCAUCUAAAGUUAUCAAGUGAACUUACAAAACAGAAUGAAAUGGACAAUAAAAACAUAAUAUGUUGCCACCACAAUGCAUCAUUCUUGCUUUCCCACCACCUCCUGACUCUUAUCUGGCUUUUAGUUUUGCAGUUUCCCCUUCUUCUG